GUUGUUCGCAAAUUUUCUUCAAUCACAGGAUCAUGCUAACAUUGACCAGAUUAUUGCAAACGAGUUUUCCUCUUGGUUCACUGCAUAUGUGAUGAAUCCUUACAAUGGAGUUUCUGAUUCGUUCAUAAAAGCUUUGGCGAAUGGAAUAUCCUCACGUGCAAAAGCAUGGUGUGCAUAUGUAGUCGGUGGAUAUACUUUUCACACUACAAGUUACGGAAUUGGAAAGAAAACAUUCAAUAGUGGGAUAUGUGUGCGCUCCUCCAACUAUAACAACGCAACCACUGAUUGGAUUGGUACUUU